AUGUCUGAUACGGUUGAGACUAGUUUCAAAUCGUCUUUGCCACCCCGUAAGCGGGCAAAGACCCAGGAGGAGAAAGAACAACGUCGGGUUGAGAGAAUACUAAGGAAUCGAAGAGCCGCCCACGCCUCCAGAGAGAAAAAAAGAAAGCACGUGGAGUACUUGGAGUCGUAUGUGUUGGCUCUCGAGAAGAACACUCAAAUAUUGGCGGCGAAUCUUCACAAGGUCAGCGAACUUGUACCUAAAGACAAGUUGGCUGCUUUGGGUUUGUCUCAGCCUGACGAUAUCUCUGAGUUAAAGGAGAAAAUUCAUGAGAACUUGACCUGCAAUAAUUUUUCGGUGAAGAGUGAAGAAGGAAGAAUGCAUGAUCCACAGUCUAAGAGUCUGGAGACUGAUGAUUCUGAAACGAAUUUCUCUACUGGCGACAUUACAAAUUCCAUCGCCUCUUCUGCGUCCAUCGCAAAUCCUGUGAAGUUGGAGGACACUGAAUCCGACUUGUUGAUUAAUCUGUCAGGGGGAUAUUUCAACUACAUGAGCCCGGUUUCGAUCAGUUCAUCAGUUAACUCUCCUCUUGAUUUGAGGCUCAAAAAGUCUGAUCCUAAUGAUACUCCGACAAAAAUCUCGUCAGGGGCGUCAUCUCCCUUUUCAAACUCCACACCAAAUACUCCAGAAAUGUCCGCUUUGAACUCGGAUGGAAUCAUUCUCGGAACAGCUACCCCAGGGGUCGAUAUUAUGGCGCAAAGUUCAGAAGUAAUUUUGCAUCCUAGGUUGUUGAUGGUGUAA